CUCGGCCUCGCCCUGGGCCCAGCCCGCCGCUGUCCCCUCCUUCCCGCGAUCCCGAAGCUCCUUCACGCACUCCCCCCGUAACACCCCCUCCUGCGUCCAGCCCCGCGCUCCCCACCUUGGAAAACAAAGCGGGGGGAAAAUGCCCGGAGCUGUAGCUCGGAGCGCGCAGCCCGACUCAGAAUAAGAAUGGCAGCACCAGACUUACUGGAUCCCAAAUCCGCAGCUCAGAACUCCAAACCGAGGCUCUCGUUUUCCACAAAGCCUGCAGUGCUCGCCUCCCGGGUGGAGAGCGACCCUGCCAUUAAUGUGAUGAAAUGGAAGACGGUGUCCACGAUCUUCCUGGUGGUGGUCCUCUACCUGAUCAUUGGAGCCACUGUGUUCAAAGCCCUGGAGCAGCCUCAUGAGAGCUCACAGAGGACCACCAUUGUGAUCCAGAAACAGACCUUCAUCUCUCAGCAUGCUUGUGUCAAUUCUACAGAGCUGGAUGAGCUCAUUCAGCAAAUAGUGGCAGCAAUAAAUGCAGGGAUUAUCCCUUUAGGAAACACCUCCAAUCAAAUCAGUCACUGGGAUUUGGGAAGUUCCUUCUUCUUUGCUGGCACUGUUAUCACAACCAUAGGAUUUGGAAACAUCUCACCACGCACUGAAGGGGGGAAAAUAUUCUGCAUCAUCUAUGCCUUACUGGGAAUUCCCCUCUUUGGUUUUCUGUUGGCUGGAGUUGGAGAUCAACUCGGGACCAUAUUUGGAAAAGGAAUAGCCAAGGUGGAGGACACCUUUAUUAAAUGGAAUGUUAGUCAGACCAAGAUCCGUAUCAUCUCCACCAUCAUCUUCAUCCUCUUUGGUUGUGUGCUUUUCGUGGCGCUGCCUGCUGUAAUAUUCAAGCACAUAGAAGGUUGGAGUGCCCUGGAUGCCCUUUAUUUUGUGGUUAUUACCUUGACCACCAUCGGAUUUGGUGACUAUGUUGCAGGGGGCUCUGACAUUGAGUACCUGGACUUCUAUAAGCCUGUUGUGUGGUUCUGGAUCCUCGUGGGCCUUGCUUACUUCGCUGCUGUCCUGAGUAUGAUCGGAGACUGGCUCCGGGUGAUCUCUAAGAAGACCAAGGAGGAGGUUGGCGAGUUCCGUGCCCAUGCAGCAGAGUGGACAGCCAAUGUCACAGCCGAGUUCAAGGAGACCAGGCGGCGACUAAGCGUGGAGAUCUAUGACAAGUUUCAACGGGCCACAUCCAUCAAGCGGAAACUCUCAGCUGAGCUGACGGGCAACCACAACCAGGAGUUGACGCCCUGCCGCAGGACCCUGUCAGUGAACCACUUGGCUAGCGAGCGGGACACUUUACCGCCACUCCUCAAAGCUGAGAGCAUCUACCUGAAUGGGCUGACCCCACACCGUGCUGGGGAUGACAUUGCAGUCAUUGAGAACUUUAAGUAGCCCUGAACUGCAGGAAGGACCUAGGUCAGGACACCUCGCUCUUUCUCACUUGCUGGUAGCAUUUUGUUUUAUUUUUUUAAACCAACCAACCCAACUUGUGCAUGAGCUCCACGUGUGUGUGGGGGGACCCUGUAGCAACACCACCUAGUCAUCUGUCCUGGAGGGAUCUGGAAUCCUGAGCUGGCACACCCUGAACACGCAUGGUGAGUGUUAGCUCACAACUCUGGCUGAUGCUUUUCUGUGCCCAGACUGUUUUCCCCUCCCAGCCCUUGGGUCCUCCCACAUGCCAUCAGAUCUCCAAAAAUGUUUUUCUCUGGGUUUCUGGGGAGAUGGUAGCUGCAAGGGAUCCUUACAAAUUUCAGGGUCAGCCCUAACUGAGCCUUGACAUGGACUUUUCACAAAUGACAGCAUAUUUUGUUGCAAGGGGCAGGUGAUUCUUAAGAACCUAAGACAUUUUCUGUCAGUGCCUUAUUUCAGGAAGAAUCCAAACCUCUCUCUAGCUAAUGUCUGGGCUCUCCUACUCUGCCCUGACCCUAAGGCCAUCUCUGUAGUGCUUUCCCCUGCCUGAAUGCUCCCCACCCACCACACACACAUACGUACGCACACACACACACACACAUACACACACACACACACACACACACACACACA